GUUAUCGAAGUUUAAGUGAGCGACGUCGAGAAACAUCCGACACAGCACCAUGGCAAUCGUGAGAGCAUGUAUCCUUCUUGUCUUUAUUGGAAUGGCAGUGAUGCCAACUGCUCUGGGAGACAGAUGUGACGCUUGUCCUCAGUGCAUAAUCUUCAGCCCGAUCUGCGCUACGUAUUAUACGAAGUUUGCUACAAAUAAUAGAAGGGGAUUCCUCAGCGAAUGUCACAUGCAUUGCUACAACAAGUGUCACGGAACAAAGUAUUUCAAACUCUACAGUGGAUCGAAAUGCAUUUAAGAAAUGCAGAUGUGACCACAGGUCCGGAAGAAGUGGUUUACCGAAACGUCCCGUUUACGACGAGACCGCUAAGACUGGAAGUGGCCUCUUCCUACCUCUUACGCAGUCUAUACACAGAAGGAUGCAUGAUGCGUUUUGUAUUAAGUUUUAAAUAUACAAUCUAUUUCCACUUUA